CUGUGAUCAGUUCCUUUCACUUUCAGUCUGUGACCGGAGCAUGAAUCCUGUACAUCAGGCACAACUGUACUGAAAAGUGCUUUAUGCUCAUCUGGAUAUUACUUGUUGGGCUCUGUCUCCACAUAACCAUCAGGCUCCUGGGAGGUUUCUAUUGUCACUGCUGCUGCUGCUGUGGUGCUCCGGGUACGUGUAGACACAAGCUCUAUCUGAACAAGCGCUCCUCCUUUUCCAGAGCAGUGAGAUGCCCAGUGGCAUGGUACCCCAAGCACAGAGAGGUGCCAAUACCCCCAGACAGAUGCCGGUGGAGAAUGACGAAACGAAUGCUACUGGGAUCUUGGAACCAUCAUUGAUGUUGGUCUCUAUUUCUCCACUGAGAUCCCUUGAAUCCAUUGUAGAACUGCAAAUUUCAGGUCCAGGUACCCUGUGGUCAGAAGACAUUCUCUCCGAAUUCCAAGAUCUCCCAGAUUUCAGCCUUGCCCAAACAAAUGCUCUGACUGCGCUGCUCAGGUCGAGACAGCUUGGCGCUUCGGUGAAUGGGAAUCCACUGGGGGUUUGUAAUUACCUGCUGAUGUUCCAGAGCCAAAUCCAGGAUCUGGAGGAGCUGCGCACUUUGGCUCAGAGGCUGAAGGUUUUAAGCAGAACCGACGUGAUUGUUGUUAUGCACAAACAGAGGAACCUGCUCAGAUGGCUGGGGCCUUUCAAACCGGAGGAGCUGUUAAUCAAAGACAUGAGCAUCUCUCACUGGCUGGAAUUCACCACCGCACUCAGCAUCACUAACCCCAUAGGGAACGACUGGAGGAUGUUAGCAAACAAGCUGGACAUUCCCCGCACCUAUCUGGAUCUCUGGAUGCAGCAAAACCACAACCCAGCAGAGAUGGUGUUAAAAACAUUUAUGGUUCGGGUGAGUGAGGCGACGGUGGGUCGAAUCUUUGACUUGAUGAUUGAAAUGGAGCGAGAAGACCUUGCUGCCAUAUUAUGACUAACUACUACUACUAACUAAGUGUCGACCCUUGCCUCAUGCUUUCCUGGUUCUUGGUGCUGUUGAACCCAGAAGACAUUGGAGCAUUCUGCAGAGCAGGAAGAUCACCUAAUGGUUUGAGGGGGAUAUGGUCAUCCUGGAUUGGCCCUUAUCUGACAAAAUGCUGGAGCCUGAUGUUGAAUGGGUUAGAGUCAGACUUUGGUGGGAACAUGGGCAGUGUAUUAGGGGAACAUAAACAUAUGAAAGCCAGUGUGUCCAGAGAAAAUUAUGGACCAGUUUAAUGUUAAAGGCCUGUAAAGAAUCCAUUCUGAGAAGGAUUGUUUCUGUCAGUCCUGCUGCCCUUUGCCCCCUUCCCAAGGACAGGGGUGGUGGAGAACUUUGGGUGCAUCAUCACUUCCCCUCUUUAGAUUCAAAGAAACUUUUAGAUUCAUACACAGCAUCAAAUACCCAGUGGGUACUUGUUUACCAGACAGAAAAAUAUUAAAUAUAUAAAUAUAUCUUCUCAAAGACUCACACUCCAGUAUGUAAUGAAUUCAUUUUUUUUUGUGUACAUUUCACAACUCCGACGUUUAGACCCACAUUAGGGCCUUUUUCAAGGAUGUGUACAGUGAUUAAGUGCAUUUAUACCUACGCUUCCCCCAGUUUUCCAUCACCCACAGUCCUUUCUUAGUAACACUUUUACUUAGGAAAAAUAUAUGAUUUCUCACCACAAGGUGCCACUGGUGCGCAGUGCAAUUGUCCAAUGUAAGAUAUUCGACACAAAAUAAACUUAUGUCACAA